CUUUUGGGCUUAUGUUUGGGGCAAGAUCUCGUCUCAGGGAAUAACCCAACUAAUACAUCAAGUAAUAUAGGUCAGUGUGGUCCUAAUGGUUGCAAUAAUACGGGACCUGGGCAGUGUGGUCCUAACGGUUGCAAUAACCAGGGCAAUAUGGGACCUGGGCAGUGUGGUCCUAACGGUUGCAAUAACCAGGGCAAUAUGGGACCUGGGCAGUGUGGUCCUAAUGGUUGCAAUAACCAGGGCAAUAUGGGACCUGGGCAAUGUGGUCCUAACGGUUGCAAUAACAAGGGCAAUAUGGGACCUUGGCAGUGUGGCCCUAAUGGUUGCAAUAACAUAGGACCUAUUGGAUUUGGUGGCCCAAUAGGAAAUAAUCCAGGUGGCUGGCAAUGUGGUCCCAAUGGUUGUAACCUAGGAAGCGUUCAGAACAUGCCAGGUUUUCCUGGAAACCAAAUGGGGUCGAAGAGGAGCCAGAGUAAUUUAAACGUUGGCAACCCAGAUAUUGGCCGAAUCGAAAGACCGUGUCCGAACUUGGACAUAGAUUGUAUUCGAAAAUAUUUCCAUGAACACGGUCACUGCGAAAUCGUGAAGAAUGGUAUUCACGAACCGUAUCACAGAAUGAACAAAGUCAUACAUUAUCUUCCUAGUAUCAAUGUUACUCUCACUUUCCCGAAAAAGGCAGAAGUGAGAGGAUUAAGCAAUGGUUUCAUUGAAGAGUUCUACAUAAACAGAGAUACGGACAAGGCAGUGCUUGCAAUCAACUUCAGGAAUAUCCAAAUUUACUCAAAGAAGUCUUACUUUAGGUUCCAUCGUCGUGCAAAGGAACCUGUAGUCACAGAAGACUACACUAUAAUCGACGUCGAAGGACUCAUAACCACUUCAAUAAUUCCCCAAAUAUAUAAUUUAGAUUUGGAAAAAAUGGUUAUUUAUCCAUUUGUCGAUGAAGUUAAACAAUUUGCUGUAGGACCACAUGCUUUCCAGAGUGACGAUACUCAAGUUCAACUAACACCAUUAGCUCUGGCAUUAAAUCUCCAGUCUGUAUACUCGGAGUUCUUCAUGUCCGAGACAUUAAUUUACCCUAUUGUGUUUAUACAGAAAAAUAUAUGCCAUUUCGAUAUACCUUUCUUAGUCUAAACUAGCCUCGUUUUACUCCUUGGUUUCACUUAAAAACUACAAAUUAUCAAGUAUUAAACAUUAAAAUGUUAUUUAUUUAACUAGUUCUCCGUUCUUGCAUUAUGUCCUUUUUUUCCCAUUAAGGAGUUUAAGAGAUAUAGAUUGUUAUGUAAAUUUUCGUAUCCUAUUUCUUACUUUUAAAACUUUUGUCAAGGGAAGUCCCAGACUUUUCAACCACUGUUUUAUUUUUUAACUAUCAACUUUUGAAAUAAAGGUUAGUUUUGUAAAAUACUUUUUGUUUGUUCUUAAAUUUGUGGCAUGUUUUUAUUUCAUUUUACAUUUGUACAAAAAA